AUCUCCGACAUCUACAUCAGCGGGGAGUCGGGGGACAUGUCGGCCAAGGAGAAGCUGCUUCUGUGGACACAGAAGGUGACAGCGGGUUACAUCGGGGUGAAGUGUACCAACUUCUCAUCAUGCUGGAGCGAUGGGAAGAUGUUCAAUGCGCUCAUCCACAGAUACAGGCCAGAUCUGGUGGACAUGGAGAGGGUGCAGAUCCAGAGUAACCGGGAGAACCUGGAGCAGGCCUUUGAGAUCGCUGAGCGGCUGGGGGUCACGCGGCUGCUGGACGCCGAAGACGUGGACGUCCCCUCUCCGGAUGAGAAAUCCGUGAUAACUUAUGUGUCUUCAAUCUACGAUGCCUUUCCCAAAGUCCCUGAGGGAGGAGAAGGGAUCAGCGCUAUCGAGGUGGAUUCGAGGUGGUUGGAGUACCAGAGCCGUGUGGAGUCCCUCAUCUCAUGGAUCAAGCAGCACACGAUACUCAUGUCAGAUAAAUCCUUCCCCCACAACCCUGUAGAGCUAAAGGCACUUUAUAACCAAUACAUACACUUCAAAGAAACUGAAAUCCCAGCAAAGGAGCAGGAAAAAGGAAGGAUAGAGGAGCUCUACAAACUGUUAGAGGUAUGGAUUGAAUUUGGACGCAUCAAGUUGCCCCAGGGGUACCACCCCAAUGACGUGGAGGAGGAGUGGGGCAAGCUCAUCAUAGAGAUGCUGGAGCGCGAGAAGCUCCUGCGGCCGGCGGUGGAGAGGCUGGAAUUGCUGCUACAAAUCGCUAACAAAAUCCAGAACGGUGCUCUGAGCUGUGAAGAAAAACUCACUCUUGCAAAGAACACGCUGCAAGCUGACGCUGCUCACCUGGAGUCAGGCCAGCCGGUGCAGUACGAAUCCGACGUGGUCAUGUAUCUGCAGGAGUGUGAGGGGCUCAUCCGCCAGCUGCAGGUGGAUGUGCAGAUCCUUCGGGAUGAGAAUUAUUACCAGCUGGAGGAGCUGGUGUUCAGGAUCAUGCGGCUGCAAGACGAGCUGGUGACGCUGAGGCUGGAAUGCACUAACCUCUACAGGAAAGGCCACUUCUCCACCGUGGAGCUGGUGCCUCCUUCCAUGCUGAGCACAACGCACUUGAAGGGCGAGUCCCUGACGAAAGGGCUGCACACCACGUCUGCCUCCUGGUUCCGGAAGCCCAUGACCAGGACAGAGCUGGUGGCCAUCUCCUCUACCGAAGACGAAGGCAGCCUCCGGUUUGUGUACGAGCUGCUGGCCUGGGUGGAGGAAAUGCAGAUGAGACUGGAGCGGGCAGAGUGGGGGAGUGACCUACCGAGUGUGGAAACCCAGCUGGAGACCCAGCGGCACGUCCACACCAGCGUGGAGGACCUGGGCUCCAGUGUAAAGGAGGCCAGGAUGUACGAGGGUAAAAUGUCUCAGAAUUUCCGCGCUAGCUACACGGAGACGCUCGGCAAGCUGGAGACGCAGUACUGCAAGCUGAUGGAAACCUCAAGCUUCCGACUGAGACACCUCCAGAGCUUACACGGGUUUGUGUCUCGGGCCACUGCUGAGCUGAUUUGGCUGAAUGAGAAGGAGGAGGAGGAACUGGCCUACGACUGGAGCGACAACAACCCUAACAUUGCAGCCAAGAGAAACUACUUCUUGGAGCUGACGACGGAGCUGGAAGAGAAGCAGGACAUCUUCCGCUCCCUCCAAGACACAGCCGAGCUGCUGUCCCUGGAGAACCACCCGGCCAAGCAAACCGUAGAGGCGUACAGCGCUGCCGUGCAGACUCAGUGGCAGUGGAUUAAGCAGCUCUGCCUGUGUGUGGAACAGCACGUGAAGGAGAACGCUGCCUAUUUCCAGUUCUUCAGCGAUGCCCGGGAGUCAGAGACCUACCUGCGCAACCUGCAGGACUCCAUCAAGAGGAAGUAUUCUUGCGACCACAACACGAGCCUGACGCGGCUGGAGGACCUGCUGCAGGACUCCAUGGACGAGAAGGAGCAGCUCAUUCAGUCCAAGAGCUCCGUUGCCAGCCUGGUGGGACGGUCCAAAACCAUCGUUCAGCUCCGGCCCAGGAACCCGGAGCACGUUGUGAAAAGCACGAUCCCCAUCAAGGCUGUUUGUGACUAUCGGCAGAUCGAGAUCACCAUCUGCAGGAACGACGAGUGCGUGCUGGAGGACAAUUCCCAGAGGACCAAGUGGAAGGUGAUCAGCCCCACGGGGAACGAGGCCAUGGUGCCCUCUGUCUGCUUCCUGAUCCCCCCGCCCAACAAGGAGGCCAUUGAGAUGGCCAACAGGGUAGAACAGUUGUACCAGAAGGUGAUGGCUCUCUGGCACCAGCUCCACAUGAACACAAAGAGCCUCAUCUCCUGGAACUACCUGCGGAAGGACAUAGCCCUGGUGCAGAGCUUCAGCAUGGAAAAGCUCAGAUCCUUAGCGCAAGGGGAGUGCCAGCAAGCCAUGAAGAGCCUCCAGGCGCACUACGAGGACUUCCUGCAGGACAGCCGGGACUCGGAGCUCUUCUCUGUGUCCGACCGGCUGCGCCUGGAGGAGGAAGUGGAGUCUUCCAAGGAACACAUCCGGCAGCUGCUGGAGUCCAUGGAGAACGAGGACAAGGAUGAGACCGUUGCCAGGACAUAUCUCUCAGAGCUGAAGAACAUCCGUCUGCGUCUGGAGGAGUGUGAGCAGAGGCUAGUGAACCGAAUCCAGUCCCCAAGCGGCGCCCGAGCAGAUGGUGAUACUAUCCAGGAAAACACCAUCCGCAUUGCAGAGCAGGAGCGCAUGCAGGAGGAUCUGCAGCGGCUGCAAUCGGACCUGCGGUUUGUUUCUGAGAGAUGCUACAGCUUCCUCGACAAGGCACCCGCGGGGUCCAGCACGCCCCACUUGCGUUCUGAACUGGACUUGGUGGUGAACAAGAUGGACCAGAUGUAUGGGCUGUCUUCCACCUACCUGGACAAGUUGAAGACAGUUGAUGUCAUUGUUCGUAACACCCAAGGAGCGGAGUCUCUGGUGAAAGGGUACGAGGUUAAGCUGAGCCAAGAGGAGGCAGUCCCCGCCGACCUGGCGGCUAUUCAGUCUCACAGAACGGCGUUACAGCAAUGGCUUGGAGAAGUGAAGGACAAGAGCUCUGUCUUCUCCACGUUGGAGGAAGAGAUGGCAAAAGCAAAGGCGGUGGGAGAGCAGCUGUACCGGCUGAGACAAGAGCGCAGCAUCGACCUCGAGCGCUAUCAGGAGAAGGGAAGCCAGCUGUGGGACCGCUGGCAGCGAGUCUGCGCCCAGAUUGAGACCCGCCACGCAGAGCUGGAGAGCAUCCAGGAGGUGCUGAGUGAUUACCGGCAGUGCCACAGUGCCCUAAUCCACUGGAUCGAGGAGAUCACGGUCCAGCAGGAGCUGAUGAAGCCUGGGCAGGCGGAGGACAGCCGGGUGCUGUCGGAGCAGCUGAGCCAGCAGACGGCUUUGGCUGCAGAAAUCGAGAAAAAUCAAGCCAAACUGGACCAGUGUCAGAAAUUCUCCCAGCAGUACUCGGCUGCCGUCAAGGACUAUGAGUUGCAGCUCAUGACAUACAGGGCGUUUGUCGAGUCGCAGCAGAAGUCUCCCAUGAAACGCCGUCGCAUGCUCUCGUCCUCGGACGCCAUCACGCAGGAGUUCAUGGAUUUGCGGACUCGCUAUACAGCUCUGGUAACGUUAACCACGCAGCACGUGAAGUACAUCAGUGAUGCUCUCCGGCGGCUGGAGGAGGAGGAGAAAGUAGUGGAGGAGGAGAAGCAGGAGCAUGUGGACAAGGUGAAGGAGCUCCUGGGCUGGGCCCUGGGCUUGAAGCAGAGCACGCAAGGCAGGAUGGCUGCUGCCGGGAGCAGAGAGCUGGGCGACAUCGAGAAAUCCAUCUCGGAGCAGCAGGCCCUGAAUGAGGAGCUGGCUGCAAAGAAGGAGCAGGUCUCUGAGGCCAUCAAAACUUCACAAAUCUUCCUGGCAAAACACAGUCACAAGCUUUCCCAUCUGGAGAAGGAACAGAUUUCUGCUCAGAUCGGUGCUCUGAAGGAGACCUACCAGGCACUCUGCAGCGACUCCACGGAGCAGCUCCAGCAGCUCCAGAGCCAGCUGGCUCAGGAGACGGAGCACAAGACGCUGCAGGAGCAGCAGGCAGCCCGGGCGCAGAGCCUGGCCGAGCUGAGCCGCUGGCUGUGCCAGGCGGAGGACACGCUGGCCGAGCAGCAGAGAGCAGCCAGCGAAGGGGACCUGUCCGCCUUGCAGCAGAGGCAAAGCGAUGUUAAGGAGCUGCAGAGGAACAUGCACACCCGAGCCGCCUCCUUCGCCAGCGUCCUGAAAGGCACAGAGGAGUUUUUGGAGGAGAACAAGGCGAAGAUGGAGCCUGGGGAGCUGGCAGCACUGCAGGAGAAGCUCCAGCAUGCCAAGGAGCAGUACCGGUCCCUGCAGGAGAGGACGGAGAUGGCCCAGAAGGAGCUGGAGAGCGCUGUGACUGCUGCAGUGCAGCAGGAGACUGAAAAGGUGAAAGCUGCCAAAGAGCUGGAGGAGAACAGCAAUAAGAUCGAUUCCCUUUUGAACUGGGUGGCAUCACUGGAGCAGAAGGGAGGGCUCCUGGAGUACAGAGUGCACCCCAUCGAGCAAGCGCCGGGGGCGCAAGCGGGGACAGGCACUCGGGACGUCCCCGACAGCUGCGUCGUGGGAGCAGACAGCGCUGCCGAGAGCCUGGAUGAGCAAUACGAGAGGCUGAAGGCCCAGCACCAGGAGCUGCUGUCCCAGCAGCAGGACGUCAUCCUGGCCACGCAGUCGGCGCAGGCUUUCCUGGACAAGCAUGGCCACAGCCUGGCUGGGGAGGAGCGGGACCGGCUCCAGGGCCGGCUGGCAGAGCUGAAGGACCAGUACGCGGCUUCCUUCUCGCAGUCGGAGACGCGGCUGAAGCAAGUGCAAGUCCUGCGGGACGAGCUGCAGAAGUUCUUGCGGGAUCACGGGGAGUUUGAGGCUUGGCUGAAGCAAGCAGAGCAGGAUCUGGAGGGGAUGUACAAGGGCGACAGCGACCCUGCGGCCCUCCGGCAGCUGCUCCUGCGGCAGGGGAGCUUCUCGGAAGAUGUGAUCUCCCACAAAGGCGACCUGCGGUUCGUUACCAUGUCGGGGCAGAAGGUGCUGGAUGCAGAGGGAGCUGCCGGGGACGCAGGGUCCCAGCUGCUGGCGUCCGGGAGCGUGGUCAAGAGCAAGCUGGAGGAUGCGACGCAGAGAUACACCACGUUGCACUCCAAGUGCACCAAGCUGGGCUCCCACCUGAACACCUUGCUGGAUCACUACCAGCAGUUCCAAGAGGUGGCAGAGUCUCUCAGGACGUGGCUGCAGGAGAGCGAAGCUGCCGUUGGGAAACUGCUCUCGGAGACGGUUUCUUCAGAUCCAGCUGUUCUGCAAGAGCAGCUCGCCAGCGCUAAGCAGCUGCAGGGAGACCUCGCUGAGCAGCAGGUGCCGGUGGAGAAGCUCCAGAAAGCGGCUCGGUCUCUGCUGGACGUACAAGGGGAGCCGGCCCCAGACCACAGGCACGUCCAGGAAACAACAGAUGCCAUCGUGAGCCGCUUCCAGAGCCUCUCCCAGCGGAUGGCCGAGCGCUUGGACCUGCUGCAGAAAUCCAUCGCCCAGUCGCAGAGCGUCCAGGAGAGCCUGGAGAGCCUCCUCCAGUCAGUGGCUCAGAUCGAGAAGAGCCUGGAGGGAGAGCAGCCGGCAGCGCUCUCCUCCACCUCUAUCCAGGACUCACUUGCCACGAGUGCGAAGCUGAAGCAGGACAUCGCCAGGCAGAAGAGCUGCCUGGAAGCCACCCGUGAGAUGGUGACGCGGUUCAUGGAGGCGGCAGACAGCCCCACGGCCUCUGCCCUGCAGGGCAAGCUGGCGGAGGUGACGGAGCAUUUCGGCAGGCUGUGCCGGCAGCAGCGGGAGAGGGAGGACGCGCUGAAGGGCCUCCUCCCAAAGGUCGAGCAGUAUGAGCAGCUCUCGGAGAAGUUGCAGCAGUUCACGGAGAGCAGAGCGCGGAUGUUGGCAUCCGGGAACCAGCCGGACCGGGACAUCGCUCACUUCUCCCAGCACAUCCAGGAACUGAAUUCGGAGAUGAGGCAGCACCAGGAGGACCUGGCCGUCCUGGAGCACCUGGCUGCAGAGCUGAGCUCCUGCGGCUUCGCCCCCAGCGCCUCCCAGCAGCAGGAGAAGCUGCAGAGCCUGAAGAAGGACUUCCUGCAGCUGCAGAAGGUGGCCAAAGAGAGGUGA